GUAGCCGGGUCGAGCCCACAGUGCGCAUGCUCGAUGCGCCCAGAGGUCGCCGGCGCCGGUGUUUUCCCACGUGCGGCGUGAAGCAGAGGACAUCAUGUUGUGAGGAGAUGGGGGCCUCGGUGUCUCGAGCAAUCAGGAAUUUCAACCUAGAGAGCCGGGCAGAACGGGAAAUCAGCAAGAUGAAGCCCUCUCCCGCUCCCAGGCACCCCUCCACCAAGAGCCUCCUGCGAGAGCAGAUGAGCCGCUAUCCAGAAAUUAAGGGAGAAAUUGCUAGAAAAGAUGACAAGCUGCUGUCGUUACUAAAAGAUGUGUACGUUGAUUCCAAAGAUCCUGUGUCUUCUGUGCAGGUGAAAGAUGCUGGAACACGUCAAGAGCCAAAGGAGUUCAGAUUGGCAAAAGGCAGUGACUUUAACAUGAUGAAUAUCAAGAACAUUCCCAAAGGCAGAAUUUCCAUUGUAGAGGCACUGACACUUCUCAAUAACCACAAACUUUAUCCAGAAACGUGGACUGCUGAGAAAAUAGCAGAAGAAUACUAUCUAGAACAGAAAGAUGUAAAAUCCCUUCUCAAAUAUUUUGUUACUUUUGAGGUCAAAAUCAUCCCUCCUGAAGACAAGAAAGCGAUACCAUCAAAAUGAAGAAAAUUUUGAAAUUACUUUUCCUAUAUGUUCUCCCCAUUCCCAUGCCAUGUUUAGUUUCUCAUUUUCAGUUUGGUAAAUUAUACAAAUUACUGAAUGUUUAAAGCUCCCUUUUUGGGAGAACGUACUGUUUAUUGGGCUUUGCUGAAUUUUCAGGAUUGCUGAUAGAAUGAAUUUUAUUUCCUUGUAUAGUUUAAUUUGGUUUAGGCAUAUGUUCAUAUGAAUAUCAUCAAGACUAAGCAGCACGUAUAUAAAUUGAUUAUAAAUAAAAAACUUAAAUUGUAAUUUUAGGCACAUCAUAUCAUCAGCUUUUAGAUUGGUCGUAUGGCCUCUUGGGAAAUGUCAGGAAUCUCAUUUACAUUCAAAGUGUCGCCGUCCAAUUUAGGUGGUUAAUUUAUUCUUCGUAUGGAAUUGUGAAAGUAAGAGUUUUCCUAACUCUUAUGACUAUGAUACUUUCUUGUUAGGGAAAGGGAGACUUAACAGGGAGGCAGGAUAACAGUAUUCCCAAAUGAAAGCAGACAGGAAAGUGGAGACAAAAUCAAUGGAGAGUACAUUUUAUUAUUACAGGGAAUAAGAGUUAGUGAGGACUUCUCUUGUUUUGAACUGUUUUAUUUAUGUAUGGAAUAACUUCUUAAAAUUAUAAGAAGGUAUUUUCUAAAUUUUAGCCAUCUCUGUUUUAACCAACAGGUAGAUCCAAAAAGCUUUCAGAGAGGCAGGCAGUUGUGGGAGCUAUCAGGAAAAAAUAACUUCUCUGGAUUUAAUAUAGAAAUAACAAGAAAAUUGUAAAGAAGGGUUAAAUCACAGAACCAUGAUAAAUGAAAUUUAGUGACGAAUUAUAUAUAUUUUCUAAUUUCUAAAAUUACUGAUUGAAAGGAGAGGAGAAAAUUGCAAGAAGCAGCUUAAAAUUUGAACAUUGGAAGGGACCUGGGAAAUUGCUGCUGCAUCCAUUGAACCAGCUUAGGAGUACAGCGUGUACCAGUACUACGGUCUUGAGUGAGAUUGUAUACAUUAGCUGUGUCGUAUUACCACCUGUGGGAUCUUAGGUAGAUUGUGUAACCUCUUCGAGACUGAAUUUCCUCUAUAAAAGGAGUAUAACGCUGCCUUAUUUAAAUCUAAUGGUUACUGUGAAGAUGAAUGAUAAUAAAGGACUCAACGAAUACGACUUAUUUUUUGCAGUUAAGAACAGAGAGCUGGGGAGUUUCAUGACCCGCUUGGGAUUAUUCUCUAGCCGGGCCCAGAAACUAGGCUUUCAGAUUCCUAGUGCUAUGUUUUUUCUGCUGUGCCUAAAGGAAGCAUAUUUCAGAAGAGCAGAAAGUGUACGUUGUAGAAAUAUUGGAGAAUGUGGUAAGAAAAAUUCAGGUUAUCUGUGUAUUUCUGAAGGAAGACAGACAUUUUACUCCUUCCCAGGGAUUCCCCUGGAAAUGCUAUGGAAGAUGGUAAGAAUCCAGCAUGAUGAUAGAAUGGAGCAUUUGCAAUGCUGAGAAGAGAAAAAUGGACUGAGAUGGGGAAUUUUUAGACUUGUUUUCAGCUGCACUGUCUAUGUGAAUAAACUGUACCAUGUUUAUAUGUGGUUCAAAACAGUAGUUCUUUUAAGAAAACAACUAUAAAAUUGCAUUUUAAAACUCCAUAUAUCAGUCAUCAAAACUCUUUAUCAAAUAAAGGUCAAUACUUGAAUUACUAAGACUGCUAUUUCUGAGCCAUCUUCCCUGUUCAAAUAUAUACUGUGGUUAGGCAUCUGUAAAUUUGGCUGUUACAUGGUGUCACAUGAUAAAAUAAAGUACUUCCCAAAUCUUU